UCACCACCACCCGACCCCGUGUGUGUUGCGUGCGGCGAUCACUAGGAGGCGCCAUAAUCAGCAGCCUUCAGACUGCGGUGGAGGGAACGGUGGAGGCCUGACUGGGGCGUCAUGAAUACGUUUGAUGGCUCGGGUUCGUCAGAGCGGGACGAGGCGGAGGGUCGCCGUUCUUGGGCCCGCUUCUCGUCGUGGCUAGAGUGCCUGUGCGUGGUGACCUUCGACCUGGAGCUCGGACAAGCCAUCGAGCUGGUUUACCCUCAUCACGUGAAGCUGACCGAGAAGGAGAAAAGCAGCCUUUGCUACCUUUCCUUUCCUGACUCGUACUCAGGAUGCAUCGGGGACACGCAGUUCAGCUUCAGGAUGCGCCAGUCGGUCGGUCGCAGACAUUCCCGUCUCCGAGAUGUCCUAUAUAACAGAGACGCCCCCGCCCACCUCCAGAGUGAAAGCUCCCAUUUUUAUGGUUACGUGUAUUUUCGACAAGUCAAGGAUGCGUCCGUCAAGCGAGGCUACUUCCAGAAGGUGCUGUUAAAUAUGCUAGCGUGUGAAAUGAGGCGCUACGGUAUGCUAUCCUUCGGUGUGUUCCAGUCGCUGGUGCUGGUGUCCAGGCUGCCCUUCGUUCAGCUUUUCUACUCCAUGCUGCACAUCAUCGCACCCGAGUUCUUUGACAAGUCGGAGCCGUGUCUGGAAACAGUGUGUAACGAGAUCGACCAAUGGCCUUUCCUCUCCGCUGGACUGACCUUUCACCUCCCCCUGAUGGGCGUGGUCUUACAGGUCAGAGUUCCGUGUCAGAAGGACAAAGCGGGAAGUCCAGUGAGAUCUGUGGCCAAGGAGAAUGUCCUACCCACACCGACUCUGCUGCCUUCUGUACACGAGGUGGACCUCUUCAGGUGCUUCCAGUCGGUCCUGAUCCAUCUGCAGACGCUCUGGGAGCUCACCCUGCUCGGCGAGCCCAUGGUCGUCAUGGCGCCAUCUCCCACCGACUCCUCAGAAACCGUCUUGGCGCUCGUCAGCUCCAUCAGUCCUCUCAAGUUCUGCUGUGAUUUCCGGCCGUAUUUCACCAUCCACGACAGCGAGUUUCGAGAAUUCACCACCCGGACGCAAGCGCCGCCCAACGUGAUCCUGGGCGUGACCAACCCCUUCUUCAUCAAGACCUUCCACAGCUGGCCACACGUCCUGCGACUGGGGGAGACAAACAUGACUGGACACGCCCCCAAGCAGCUGAAGGUGAAGAAAGUCUCCAAACUGAAGAUGCUGGACACCAAACCAGGAGUCUUCACGGCCUACAAGAGCUUCCUGCUGAAGGACAAGCUUCUCAUCAAACGGAUGUUGAAGGGCAUCCAGAGGAGGAGGCCGUCUGAGGUGCAGAGCGCCAUCUUGAGGAGACACUUUCUGGAGCUGACUCAGAGCUUCAUCAUCCCACUGGAGCGCUACAUGGCCAGCCUGAUGCCGCUGCAGAGGUCGGUGACGCCCUGGAAGACACCCCCGCAGGUCCGGCCCUUCAGUCAGGACGACUUCAUGUCCAUGCUGGAGCACGGCGGCCCUCAGCUGACCUCGGCGCUGCGAGGUGAUUGGACGGGACUGUACAGGAAGUUCUUCAAAUCUCCAAACUUUGAUGGCUGGUACCGCCAGCGCCACAGAGAGAUGACACGUAAACUGGAGAGUCUGCACCUAGAGGUCAUCUGCACGGCUGACCUGCUGGCAUGGACCCGGGACAAGUCUGAGGUGGAGAUCGUCCACUUGGUUCUGAAGCUCCGAGAGAAACUGAUGAAAGCUCGAAGUCAGCAGCUGCAAGUCAAAGACCACAUUCUCAACAAAUUGGACUCCUUGAUCACAUCCAUCAUUCAGUCACUGUCCAAGGACCUGCAAGAUGUCCUCAAAGCACAAUGACACACACACACACACACACCAGGACCAUGUAAGUUCCACCCAUCAUGUGGUGCAUUCAGUGUACACACACCUCCAUGCGUGUGGUGCAUUGACUGUAUGUAGAUGGCAGGUGGUCAUGUGACCCAGGAUAAGUAGAUGGCAGGUGGUCAUGUGACCCAGGAUAAGAUGGCAGGUGGUCAUGUGACCCAGGACAAGUAGAUGUAAAUAUCUUGUGUGCUUUCAGAUGAGGCGUGGUGUUGCUGCCAAGGGUUCAGUGAAUAAGGAAGUAGAGAUGAUUCCACAUAAUAAAGAUUGAAUGAAGAACAUUUAUUGGAACGCUGACGUCUACUAAGGGAGCCUUUCUGAAAAAGUGAUGUCAUCUCUUGUUGGUGCUCCACCAUGACACCACCUGCUGCCUGAGGACGGCGUGUUUCUCCUGGGGGCUGAAGUGCAGGAUGCUGAGGAUGGCGUUGAGCGUCUGCUGCCUGCCGUUGGCGUCCUGCAGCGUCAGGAACUUGAAGAUGACGUUCUUCAGGUACUCCAUGCUGGAACCCUCACGCUUGUGGUCCCGGAUCAGUUUGUCCAGCUGUGUUUGGAGUUGGUGCGUUUCUUCAUCAUGGCGUUCGGCGUUGGCCAGAAGUUUGGCGUGCAGCCGGUGGACGUCGUCCUCCAGCUGCCGCUUGUGCCGCCUCAGCGUGCCGGCCUCCACUUCCUUUCUAGCCAGCUGCUCGGCGUACAGGAGCAGCGUGGGUUCGGUGGGCGUGGCUCGCCACAGCGCUUGGCCGAUAGUGUCCGUCUCGCCCUCCUCCUCGGCACGGUCGUUCUCUUCCGUCUUGCCGGCGGGGGCCGUGCUCUGUAUGAGGGAGUCGCGGGUCAGCGCCACGGCUCUCAGGCGCUCCAGCUCCUGGUCUUUUUCCUCCAGCAGCGCCAUCGUCCUCUCCCUCUGUUUGUGGAGCUCCGUCUCCAGACUCAGGAGCUCUUCGCGGUGCACGCCGUCGUUACGUUCCACGUCCCGUCUGUGGCUGUGCACCAGCGCCGCCACGUGCUGCUGCUGGUGUUCUCGCUGGCGGCGGUGUGCGGCAGCAGCCUGGUCGGCGUCACGCCGCAGGUUAAUGUACUUCUCCCGCAGCUCCCCCAGCUGCUCACGCACUUCCUCCAGCUCACGGGCCUGGCAGCCAUCUUUGGGGUUUUUGCUCUUGGAUGUGGCGUGCGCUCUGAGCUUGUAGUGCUCCAGCUCCUCCUUUAGCUGGCGAAGCGCCUGCUGGUACGUGGCGGCGUCUUCGCCGGGUUCCGCCUCGCUUUCGGUCUUGGCGUUUGGCACCUGGUGCGAGUUCCUCUGGGCCGCCAGCAGCAACUUCUUCACCUUGGCCAGUUUCUCUUUCAGCGCAGUCACGUCCAGCUGGGAGUCGUCCAGGCUGAGGUCGUACAUCGAUCUGCUGGAGGCGGCGAGGGCGAGCGUUUUGUUCUCCGUGUCCAGCUGCACCAUCCGCUCUCGAAGCUUCUGAGACGCCUGCUGGUCUCGCUGCCUCGCCUUCUCACAGGAACCCAGAAGAUCCGACAGCUCUGACACACGCUGCUCCAGACCCGCCACCCGCAGUUCUGCGCCAUGUGCACGCUCCUCCUCUUGACUUGCCUGUACGCACAAACGUACACACUUGAUGUUAGCCUGCUCAAACACGUGUGGGACACACCAGCAGCUUAGACGUACACCACUAACAUCAUCCAUCAUACCCUUGGUGCUGCACAACACCACGCCUUACUAGAAAGGUGGCUUAGGGUUUCCCUACUCCACAUGGAGCUACCUUGGUUCCUCAGUAGCUACUCAUUAGUUCCUCAGUAGCUACUUUAAAUGGACGUACCUUGGUUCCUCAGUAGCUACUCAUUAGUUCCUCAGUAGCUACUUUAAAUGGACGUACCUUGGUUCCUCAGUAGCUACUCAUUAGUUCCUCAGUAGCUACUUUAAAUGGACGUACCUUGGUUCCUCAGUAGCUACUCAUUAGUUCCUCAGUAGCUACUUUAAAUGGACGUACCUUGGUUCCUCAGUAGCUACUCAUUAGUUCCUCAGUAGCUACUUUAAAUGGACGUACCUUGGUUCCUCAGUAGCUACUCAUUAGUUCCUCAGUAGCUACUUUAAAUGGACGUACCUUGGUUCCUCAGUAGCUACUCAUUAGUUCCUCAGUAGCUACUUUAAAUGGACGUACCUUGGUUCCUCAGUAGCUACUCAUUAGUUCCUCAGUAGCUACUUUAAAUGGACGUACUUUGGUUCCUCUGUAACUAAGGUACUGCAUUUUGGUGUACAUGUCAGCCCCUUUGUCCUACGCCCUGCAGGUGGAAGUGGGCAUCGAUGUGCUGCCAAAAGCGUGAGCACAUAGCUGGCACCAGCGUUAGCAUGGAGGGGAGGGGGUGUAGGGGUGUAGGGGUGUAGGCGUGUACCAAAUAGGUUGCAGCAUCACAUGUACGGUCACAGACAUGAUACACCAACAGACUUUGUAGUCGUGUUCAUCCACGUUCCUACUUUACUAUUUUGCGGCAGGAUUGGGUGUCUGCUUUUUGUAGAGGAUCCUGCCGCCUUCAUCAGGCCGUGACCUUCACCGCUCACCGGAUCGCUCCACGGUCGAGAUGACAAUCAGCACCUCCCAAGUCCUAGCUGCUGGCUCUUUCCCGGAAAUGGGUGAAGCGCCGGGUUUCCAGUCCCUGAUGUGUCCCUGUGUGCUGAGCUUAUUUGGAACGAUGUCCUAUCUUGUUGGGCUUUCCAAAGCGUAGCAUAAACGAUGGACCUUGAUGGCGUCAGCCUUACCUUUAAGCUAACCUGCUUGGAAAGGGUUUUAGACUCACCUUGUGGCUCUGGUCGUGUAUCUGGUCCUGGAGACGCCGCUUCAGCUGGCAGACUUCCUGCUGGAGCUGCUCCAGUCUGGGAUCCUCCUUCUCCCGCUCCUCCUUGGCAGCCUGAAACUUUCUCCUCAGAUCAUCUCGCUCCUCUCGCGCCUGCCUCAAGUCAACCUCUAACUCAGACCCGCGGUCCGUGGCGUGCGAGGCCGUGAGGAGGACGCCGUUGGCCUCAUGGAGGCGGAGCUCGGUGUCCUGUCGCAGGUCUCGUUCCUCUUGCAGGAUCUUCUGCAGCUCCUGCAGCUGCUGCAACUGGUCGCUUUGCUCCCGCUCCCGUUCGUGCUGCUGCAUGAUGACGCGAGCGCGGCUCUCUGCCAACUGCUGCUGGAGGCCACGCCGCUCCGCCUCCUGCUGCGUGGUCACAGCAAGAAGGCGGUCCUGCAGUUCCUCCACCUCCUGCUUCAGCUGGCGCUUGUCAGCCUGGAAGCUGGCCUCCAUGCGAGACUUCUCCUGCGUCACGGUGGC